AUGGGUAAAUCCAAGAAACAGAAACAAAAGAAGAAGGAUUUCUUGAAGAGGAAGUUAAAAGUUGGUAAGAAGGCAGAUCAUCCAAGCAAUCAAACCGAUACUUCGUUUGUAGCAAAGACAAUUUCAUUAAAGAACCAACAUCUAGAACAUGAGACCGAUCUAUCUAAGAGAUUAACUCUUCUAAGACAUCAUAAUAUUACUGUUAGAAAAGAAACGUUACAAGAUUAUCAAAAACAUCUUCCAGAGAUAAUAAAAACACAACUAAUGACACCAUUGUUAACUCAUGCUAUUCCAUUAAUAUGUGAUGACUCGUUGGCUGUCCGUGAUUCAUUGAUUGAUUUGCUUGAUGAAGUAGGAAAAUUAGAUGUCCAUGUGUUGGUCCUACAUUGUAAUAUUGUUGUAUUAUAUAUUAAUAUGGCUAUGACACAUAUUAUGCCUCGUAUUCAGAUGGAUUCCACAAGGUUUUUGGGUUGUCUAUUAAAAUAUUGUAGUGAUGAAGUGGUAAGACAAGCAUGGCUUAAAUUAUUGAACGGUGUGAUAGCUGUUCUUGGUUGGGGUAUGUUUGGGAAUAACCAAGCAUCAGGAGCAUUGCAGACUAAAAAACGUGAUAGUAAAUAUACAAAAGUACAUCUGGAUGUGUUGACAGAAUUGAUUAGAGUUGGUUGUUCUGAUGCAAAAUCGAGAGCCGCCGCUGAUGAUACGAACAACAACGAGGAGGAGGAUAACUUAGAAAAUUAUGUUGAAGAUAAUAACAAUAUAUCUGAACCGUUCAUGUUGGCCGAAUAUCCACAACCGUACGAGUACUUGAAGUUAUUUGCAAGGACACUGAAAAAUAAGAAAAACAUCCAAACGGAUGAAUUGGCAGUGAAUUCGUCUAUGGCAAACCAGGAUAUUGACAGUCGUCGUGCCAUCUUCAAGGAACAAUUCCUGAAAAAAGUUGAUAAACAAGUAGAUGCAAUCAUCAAGGACGGGGGAGAAUGUGGGAAGAGUGCAAAUAACCUAAAACAACUCUUAGAUGAGCUGUUUGUAUAA